UGAGAGCGAGCGGCACCUGUUGGUUUAAAUGAGAGUUAUUAAUACGUCGUCUGCAGUACUAGUUUGGUAUAGUGCAAGGCACCGAAUGGCCAUAGGACCAGAGUCUGUUCAUUUGGUACCUAGAGUCAGCGUAAAACUUGGAGGAUUGUCAAACAAAAUGACCUGAAAUCCACUGCGGUCUGGGAUAACAAGACGCUGUGGGUAUGGACCAAAUUUUAGUACUGGUAGCUUUAAUACACCUGUUGUAUUGCCCAUAUACGAAGGUAGAAGAGAGCUUCAAUUUACAAGCAACACACGACAUUUUAUUCCAUGGAUUCAACUUUACCAAGUAUGACCACCAUGAAUUUCCUGGUGUUGUUCCGCGAACAUUUAUUGGUCCCAUAAUAAUUUCUGUAUUGUCUUCACCAGUAGUGCUAAUUAUUCACAUACUUGGGUUGAGCAAAUUUUGGGCACAGUAUGUUGUGCGAGCAGCUUUGGGCCUGUGUGUUCUGGGAGCCUUUAGAGUAUUUCAAAAUACCAUACAAUCGGAAUUUGGACAGCAGUUCACAAGAUGGUUUGUUGCCAUUGUUGUGUCGCAGUACCAUUUUAUGUACUAUCUUAGUCGACCACUUCCUAACAUCAUGGCACUUCCUCUCGUUUUACUUGCCCUGCAUAGCUGGAUCAGGCAGAACCAUGUGAAUUUCAUCUCCUUUUCUGCUGCUGCAAUCAUCAUAUUUCGUGCUGAACUAGCAUUGUUCCUGGGAAUUUUGCUGCUGUCUGAUCUAAUCUUCCGAAAAAUCAGUCCACUAAGGGUCAUUCAAAUUGGUGUUCCGGCUGGAUUAAUAUUUCUUAGCCUGUCAGUGUUAGUUGACUCAGUAUUUUGGAACAGAUUAUUAUGGCCAGAAGGAGAAGUUUUAUAUUUCAAUACUGUGCUGAAUAAGAGUCAUGAAUGGGGUACAUCACCUUUUCUGUGGUAUUUCUACUCUGCAAUUCCACGAGCAAUGGCAUUUUCUGUUUUUCUUGUUCCUAUAGGAGCAUAUUAUGAUGAGAGGGUCAGGAAGCUAGUAUUGCCUGCCAUAGUUUUUGUCUUCCUUUUCUCUUUUCUUCCCCACAAGGAACUGAGAUUCAUAAUAUAUGUGUUUCCUUUUCUGAACAUUGCAGCAGCUAGUGCAUGUCACAGGAUAUGGGAAAACAGGGCAAAGUCAGCUUUCCACUCAGUCAUGGCAUUGGGCGUAGCCUCUCAUCUGUUACUGAAUGCUGCAUUCUCAUUGUUCCUCUUAUGUAUUGCUGGUACUAACUACCCCGGUGGAGCUGCUAUAGCAAGAUUACACAGACUGGAAAAAGAUGAACCCUACAUCAAUGUGCAUAUUGAUGUGCUUACUGCUCAAACAGGAGUGUCAAGAUUUACACAGAUCCGUUCCCACUGGAGGUACAAUAAAACAGAAGGAUUGCAACAUGGAAGUGAAGACAUGAUGCAUUUUACGCAUCUUCUCAUUGAAGCAAAAAGUAAAUAUUCCCCAAAUUUGAAACCAUAUAUAAAAACGCAUGAAAUUUUGGAUUCAGUAGAAGGAUUUUCACAGAUUAUGUUUAACUAUAACACAUUUCCACCCAUAAAGAUAAAGACAAAACCCAUGAUAUUCAUUCUGAAGAAGAAAUUGAAGAGUGAUAUAUAUGAACGACAAUACAGAUCCCUUGAAAUUGGUGAAGCUACCUUAGUAACUGAAGAUGCCUUCUUUGAAGAUAUGCAGUUAGAAAAUCAGGAAGCUAUUGCAUUUGAUGAAGAGUCAGAUGUAUCUGAAAUUGAUGAAGAGUUAGAAGUCAAAGGUCUGAGUGAGUCACCUGAAACAGAUGAGCUUCGGAAAAGUGAUGGCGAUAUGGAAGAUAAGAUAGACAAACGUGUAAAUGUAGAAGCUGUUUUAGAAACUCCAACAAGAGAUGUGACUGAAGAAAAGUCAGAAGCUACAACAGGUGAACUAGGCAAGAGGACAGACAUUCCAGCUACACAAGAAGAUAAGAGAAAUCUGAAAAUUAAAGAAAAUAUUAAAAAAAUAAUUGAGAAGUAUAAAACAAAGCUUAAAUCACAAGGAGAUAUGCCACGAAAACAGAAAUCUGCAUCAAAAGACAUAACAGCAGAUGAAAUCAGCAAAGCACAGGAUAUACAACAUCAAAUGGAACUGGAAUUCAAAACUGACAGUUUUUUUCAGAACCCUGAGAGUUCUGUAGAAAAUGCAAGGAAUGUGAAUAGAGAAGCUGUUGUGACAGGUUACAGUGCAAAAGAAAAUGGAGAGUUGCAUACAAAGCGAGAGCUAAAAAGAAAACUUGUUCGUGAAAAACUAAAAUUAGCUAAAAAGAUUACCACUACUGAAGAAAUAAUUAAAGAUGUUGCAAAAGAUAAAAUUCAAGAGCCAGUGACUGAAACUGAAAUCAAUUUUCAGGCUGAUUUGCUAAAGCAGAGUGUGGAGGACAAAGGUGAAGAACCAAAGACACCUUCUAAUGAAAUAAAACAAUAUUUUGAAACACCUCCUGUCGGACGAAUAAAACGAUCAGCCCGCCAAACAACUUCUGCAGGCCAGCCCUCUGAAGCAGUAAAAGAUACAGCUUACAUAUCAGAGAGUGUAGUGGUCAAAACUGAAAACCAUUCUGUGGGUGAUGGGAUGGAAUCAAAAAGCAUGGAAAGAAGAGCAAAACUUAAAAAUCUAAUUAAGAAAUUGGAACGUAUGAAUGACAAAGCACAUAAGACAGAUACUGAAAGUGAAAUUGACAGAACUGAAGGGGAAACAGUUGUGCACGAGGAAACUUCAUAUGAAGCUGGUAGUGGAUCUGAAAAGACAAAUCAUUCAGAAGAAAUUAUUCUCCAACCAGAUGAAAUGAAACAGAGCAGUCUUAGCAAAAGUGUAAAGCAUUAUAUCAAGAAAAAAGUUCAAGAAGAGAAACUGAAGUUGCCUUCCACAGCUAUUGAUGAUUCACAUCUGAAAGCUGCUGCCUUAAAAAAGGAUUUGCAAUUGGAGAGCAAAGAUUUUGAGAUUGCAACAGAGCAAGCUAUUUCAGUCCCAGAUGUUAUUAGUGGGGACACUGCUGAUACAGCUGUCAAAGAUGAGCAUAGAAACAGUGAGAAAAUAGUAGAUGAAAAGCAACUUGACUUGAAAACUGAUGGUAUGCCAGUAACUAGCUUUGAAAAACAAAAAGAAGAAAUUACAGGAAAAGGUUAUUUUAAAGAAGCAACUGAUACUGUACCACCAGACACUGGCCCCCAGAAAGCUAACAAGAAAAGGAAAAAGUUAAAAGUAGAUAUAUCUGUAACAGAUUCUUUGUCAAAAGUCAUUGCUGACCAACUGUCUCAGGAUGACGAAGUCACAUCUGGUACAGAUAAAAAUACAGAAGAAUCCAAGGUGAUCUCUACUCAGGAAGCUAGUAAAGAAAAACAUUUAUCAGAGCAAACCAAAGCUGAAAAUGUAGCAAGUAAGGAAUAUGUUUUGGAACCAACUAAUCUUGUUGUGGAUCACCAGAUAGAAGCUGAGAGCAUCUCAGAGAGGACUGAUGUACCUGAAAGUGGAGUCAGUAAGGACAGUAAAAGAUUAAAAACUUCAAACACUUCUACGAAGUGACUAGACUUCCUUUGUGACAGAUGUUCUGUCUAAUACGCUUGAAGACUCCUGAUUAAAAUUUUGUUUAUAUUUGUAAUAUACUGUAAAGUGUUAGUACAGAGAUCACACUAUUUUACAUUUGUUGAAUAUGAAAAUGUUCUUUUUUAUAUGAAAUGUUGUUUGUGAUUAUACUAAAAAAAGUAUCACUUUCGUAAGUAUA